AUGGAUUUAAGAGUAGGAAGGAAGUUUCGUAUUGGUAAAAAGAUCGGGAGCGGUUCUUUUGGUGAGAUUUAUCAUGGGACGAAUUUAAUUAGUGGUGAAGAAGUGGCCAUAAAAUUAGAGUCAAUCCGUUCAAGACAUCCACAACUAGAAUAUGAGUCAAGAGUGUACAGAUAUCUCAGUGGAGGCGUUGGAUUACCGUUUGUGAGGUGGUUUGGAAGAGAAGGUGAAUACAAUGCCAUGGUUAUUGAUCUGUUGGGACCCUCAUUGGAAGAUCUUUUCAAUUAUUGUCACAGAAAAUUCUCCUUAAAGACAGUGAUCAUGCUAGCAUUACAAAUGAUUUGUAGAAUUCAGUACAUCCAUGGGAGAUCCUUCAUUCACAGAGAUAUCAAACCGGAUAAUUUCCUUAUGGGUACCGGGAAGAGAGGUUCUACGGUACAUAUAAUUGAUUUUGGUUUAUCCAAAAAAUAUCGAGAUUUUAAUACUCACCGUCAUAUUCCAUACAGAGAAAAUAAAUCAUUAACUGGUACUGCAAGAUAUGCAAGUGUCAACACACAUUUGGGGAUCGAACAGUGUAGAAGAGAUGAUUUGGAAUCAUUAGGUUACAUUUUCGUUUAUUUCUGUAAAGGUUCUUUACCAUGGCAAGGUUUAAAAGCCACGACAAAGAAACAAAAAUAUGAUAGAAUCCUAGAGAAAAAAUUGAGUAUUAAUAUGGACACCCUUUGUCAAGGUCUACCCAUUGAAUUCAAAUACUACAUGGAUUAUUGUAAGAAUCUAAAAUUUGACGAAAGGCCAGAUUAUUUACACUUGGCAAGACUAUUCAAAGAUUUGAGCAUCAAGUUAGAAUAUCAUAACGACCAUCUAUUCGACUGGACAAUGUUCCGUUACACAAAGGCAUUGAUUGAAAAACAAAAUCAAAAUUUAAAUCUAUUGAACAAUGAAACCGGUACUGACGAGAAGAACGAGCAAUUCAAUAAGAUCAAGCAAUUGACAAUGAAGAAGUUCUCUUCACAUUUCCAUUACUACAAGCUGGAAUCCAAAAAUAUUCCUUCUCCAGAAGAAAUCAAACAACAAACUAUCGAAAAUAAUAAUAUCAUUCCAACGUUGCCACAAGAGAUUCUCUCCAUCAUAGACAAAAACAUGGACACUCUAAAGCAGUCACAGGAGCAACAGCAACAGGAUGCCCAACCUCAGGAGCCUCUCUUACAACAGCAACAGAAGGACAUAUCUUCUCAAUUCAUUUCACAACAACCACAGCAACAACAACCAUCCACCAUCCUAAAACGCCCAGGCGUCACACACUACCCACCCCAACAGCAACCACAGCAACCUCCACAGCAACAGCAAGAGCCAACCAGCCACCAAAUGUGGUUGUAA